AUUCCUUUUCCCGUUUAAAAAUUCCAAAUACCACCAUAUCAGUGGAUGAGAGCUCUUGUGUAGUAGUGCCAUGCUUCUUUAAACCAAUGAAUAAAAUACAGCCUCAAGAAAACCAUCAGCGCAUCAUAUGGUUUAAGGAUGCAAUAUACAAUAACGAGAAGAAGGAUUUUGAGGGAACAAUUGUAUUCAGCGAUAUCAUAUCAUCUGUGGACCCAGAAUUUGCCAGACGUGUUGAAUACCUUGGUGACCUUAAUUUUAUAAGAAAGGCUGAAACCUUUACACCCUGUGAUGUAAAGCUGAGUAAUUUGAGAAAAGAAGAUACUGGAAAGUAUUCAUUCAGGUACUAUGUGGGUUCUACUUACAAGUGGAUGAGCGAUAGAGUUCUGCUUACAGUCAAAGAAAACCCUUGUAGCAUUAGUCUUGAGGGAAACCCGGUCAGCCACGAGGGAAAAAACAUCAGCUUGACUUGUAGAACUAAAGGCUCUUGUAAUAAGGGUCUCCAGUGGCAAUACCCUCCAGAUGGUAUACAGAAUCCAACAGAAGUGGAACAAGACUCUAAGGUUAGAUAUCUGACCUUUACUCCAACAUGGAAGAGCCAUCAGAAGACCCUUUCAUGUAAAAUUCAGGGAAGCAAAGAUGAGUGUGCUGCCAGGUCCAUCACAUUGAACAUUACAUUUGCCCCUCAAGUGGUAAGAGUAAAAACUGACAAACCCAUCUCUGAAAUAAUAGAAGACAGCAGGGUGACACUGGUCUGUGAAGUGGAGGCUGCUAACCCAAAUGUCACCAUUUACCACUGGUACACGGAUGGCGUUUUAAGGAAAAAUGACACCUUCUCCACCAUAGUGUUUCAAAACAUUUCCAGACAUGACUCUGGAGAAUAUUACUGUAUAGCUUUCAACCAGGUGGGAAAUGGAACAUCGGAAGCCUUCUCUCUGGAUGUGCUAUACAAACCUAAAAACACCAGCAUUAAGGAGUCUCCAGACUUACCUAAGGAAUUAACAGAAGGCGUGGAUGUGAAGAUGGUCUGUCUUUUUGAAACCGGAAAUCCAAGCACUGUCACCAUCACAUGGUACAAGAAUGACAAAGUCAUCAGUGGAAAAGACUCAAACCUCAACAUCAACAAUAUAACUUAUACAAAUAAUGAAGAUAAAUACAAGUGUGAAGUUAAAAAUGCAGUCGGGAUGGAUGUAUCAGACACAGUACAAUUAAGAGUUUUAUAUCCUCCUAAAGAGACAACAGCUACUAUCAAUCCUGAGUCUGUGAAUGAAGGAAAUAAAGUUACUCUCUCAUGUUCUAGCAAAGGAAAUCCAGAAAUUCUGACUUACACCUGGUUUAAAGAGGGAACAGGAAUCAUAGGCUCUGUAAACAAAUAUACUUUUAAAAAAAUUCAAAUUGCAGACAAGGGAAGAUAUUUUUGCCAGGCAAAGAAUGCCUUAGGGAUAGCAAACUCCUCUGUCGUUGUAAUUGAUGUCAAAUAUGCUCCUAAGAAUGUCACGAUUGUGAUGAAUCCAUCUAAUGACAUGAUUGAAGGAACCAGUGUCAAUCUAACAUGCACCAUAGACUCCAGUAAUCCUUUCAAAUGUGAAUUUGCAUGGUACAGAGGAGAAGUAUUUAUAAGAGCUGGAAAAACUCUGUUUUUCAGAAGCAUAGAAUACACUAAUGCUGGUUUUUAUUCUUGUGUGGUUUCUAACUCAGUGGGUACUGGGAAGUCAAAUACAACACACGUAAAUGUUUUGCUCUUGACAGACCCACCCAUCACACCCAACCUGACCCUGCAAAGUGACGUGAUAGAGGGGUACCAGAUGACCAUUUACUGCAGCGUUCAGAGCCAUCCUCCAUCUGUGCUCAGUCUGGUACCAAGCAAGCACAGAGCGACAACCUCCUCUAACUCAAUCACCGUGGCCUUCCGUGUUUCGUUUGAGGAUACGGGAAAGUAUGUUUGCAUUGCACAGAAUUCAGAAGGCAAAUCCAAAGCAGAAGAAUAUCUGAAGGUGAAAUAUGCCCCUAAAAGCACAUCUCUGGUAGUGUAUCCUUCCACAGAGAUUAGAGAGAACCAGGAAGGGAGGAUCUCAUGCAAAACACAAGCACACCCGCCAGUGACCGAAUAUUCCUGGUUCAAAAUCACAGACCACAAGGAGCACAGAGUGGGAAAGGGGGCUGAAUUGAACUUUAAGGAAAUUUCCUUCAUGGACAGCGGAAAGUACUUCUGCCGAGUGAAGAAUGACAUUGGAGAAAACAAAUCAGCAGUCACCGAGUUAAAAGUAUGGUAUGCUCCCAAAAAUACCACAGUCGUGUACAACCUGAGUGGCCAGAAGACCCCCAAGGGGAUGAUUUGGUUGAUGUGCAGUAGCAAGGGUUACCCUCCUGUGAACCGCUACAGGUGGUACAAAGUGAAUGAUCGCAAAGUGGAGACUUUCGUUUCGCACGACCAGAACAUCACUGUUACCAAUGCUGAACGGGUGUCCUACUACUGCAUAGCCUACAAUGAUGUCUCCAACCAGCAGUCCUCGUUGCAAGCACUGCCCAUCUAUUAUGGCCCAUCCCAGAUGAUCCUUAUUUUCAUACUAGUUUUCUCUGUGUGCCUUCUGAUUCUUAUUGUCGUCUGCUUUGUCUUCAGACAACAGAAGAGAAGAGGUACACAGGGAAGUGAAGCAGAUGACGUUUGUUUUAAUUUGCUGCGAUACAUGAGUUCCCAGAAUGACACUCAAGAAACCUUGAUGCUGGAGGGGGCAGGGGACUCCCACAGAAGCAGAGAAGACCUUGUUGGUGGAAUCCACAAUCCUCAUGGUCCACAGUCUGGAGCUACUCUGCAGCUAAUACCUUGCUCUGGAUCAACAGUGUACAGCACUUUAAAGCAGCCUGAUGUUGUUCUGGUGGACCGGGGACAGAGAAAGAGACCAACAGAUCCUACUGGAAAGGGUGGCUCAGAAGAUAUGGAUACAGAGACUCUUAAAUAUGCUGCUCUGGCAUUCCAAAGGGACCCAGAAACAUCAGAAAGAACAGCGACAGACGUCUCAAAGAAGGAAUCAGGCGAUCCUGUGUAUGCCAAAGUUAACAAACCUGGGGUGGAGAAAGAGUCAUCAGGGAAGACAGAUUAUGAAAAUCUGAAGGGAACCCUGAGCAACCAGAAAGACAAGUCAGAGGAGAACGAGAGUGAAGAGAUCCACUAUUCCAGCGUUUUUGCUGUUCAGCCUUCUCUUGGCAGGACUCUGGAAUGGGAGUCAGAGCCAGAUUCCGAAGAAGAGGAGUACAUCACAAGAUACUCAGACGUCAAGCCCUAAACCAUCUCAUGGUUUAAAUGCACCUGUGCUUCUCAAAUCUGAUACUUCAGCCCAUCAGAUGUCCCUGGUUUGCACACUUUCUUAGCUCUUCUCGGUAUUCUUUCAGUUAAACCAACAUGACCACUUUGCUUCAGUAGGUCUAAUCCAGGCCAAUGCUGUAAAAGCAUUUAGAAAGUUACUGUAGAUUGCACCCUUUUAAAGCAGGAAUUAAGGAGUCCUGGAAUGCAACAAUUUUAUUUUCUUGUAGGAGUCGCUCAUCAGUUUCUUUAAAUGCUUGUAAAUUAUUAUUAACAUGCAAGACAGACAAGGCACAGUGACUAAAACUGCCGCUUUACAGCUCCUGGGUACAAUACUGUUCUUGGAGUGGAGAUUGCUUGGUCUUCCUGUAUUCAUAUGGGGUUUUUUCCAGAUCCUCCUUCUUCCUAUCUUCCAAAAAGGAGAAGGGAAGAUUCAGUUGGCUAUUUCAUGUAUUCACCCUCUGAGGGAGGGACAUUGAAUACUCUACCAUGACAAGAGAGGUCCUGGUGUUUAGAGUACAGUUACGAUAUAUAAAAUACAAUAUAUGUAUAGUAUUUUAAUAGCACAGUCCAGAGGAAAGUGGAGGAACAAGCAUUCCAAUCCUUGUUAAUGUACAGAUCACAAUUUGUCAACCUUGCUUUGGCAUCCUGAAGAUAGACAAAAGUCAAACUCCAGUUUAAAGUCUCAUUGGUGAGUCGCUACACAGAUCUUCCUGUGCUUACCUCCCACAUUUGCUAGGAGAUAAUUGACAACACAUAACAAACUCACUCAAAUAGUUGUUUUUUUCUUGUUGCUAAUGCACUUUGUACAUAAACAGUAGAAGCUUAGUCAGCAGGUGGAAUGACUCAGAAGUGCAACAUGGAGGGAUUAACUAAACCUCCAGGGGCAUUGAAAGGGUAAACGUUCAGAGGAACUGGACUAGAAUGUCUGUGUGGCGCUGAUGUGAAUUAAGCAAUCAGGUGCUGAGCUCUUAAAAACAGACCGUUGCAAGCAAAGACAAAUCUAUCAAAUGAAUAGUGCUUGUGUAUCCUGUAAAUGUAACAGCUUUCAAAUAUAUGUGUAUUUCUGUACAUAGGUGUGUGGGAAUCCCAGUGGCAUGGCACCUAUCAGCACUGCUGCCUGAAAGUCCUGAGUUUAGAUUUUGGACAAGGGAUCCAACUCAUAGAUUUCUAUUGGUGCUCCAGUUUCCUCCCACCUUUAAAGACAUGGUGGUGGGUUUAACUAUUGUCACUGAUUGCAUGUGUUUAUCUUUUAACUUGGGGACACAACUUGAGAAAAUUCCCCUCAGAGAUAGUAACCCAUGCCACAAAAUGAGGGAGUACAAGACUUUCUGAAAAUGGAUGGAUGUAUUUAUAUGUUCAUGAAACCCUUGAAGGUUAGCUCACUCUACCUACAGUAGUAGGUGUAAUCAAUAUUGUGGGCUAUGUACAACCCACAAAAAAUAAGGCUCAAAGUCCUUCAGAGGCCUCAAUUCUUACACUCUGCAAAAAUGUUCAAAGUGUUUUUGAAAGUUUUUUUUAAAUGAUUUUGAUUGCCAUUCAAGAAAUGUGUACAGUAACUGCUUGAAAACUGUAUUCUUGUGGACUUGCAUCUCCAUAAAGUACAGUUUAAACUAUCUGACAUUUAGUUUAUGAAGAGAACACAAAAAUAUGAAUCCCUUUUUAACUAAGGACAUUCCAACUGUUAAAAUUUCAACUUAUGCUGGAAAUUGGAGAAGUUUGCAGAAUUUUUCAUUUUCUUCAAAUCUAUGUCUUGCUACAUUGUAUGUGUAAUCCAAUUUUCAAGUUUCAAAAUAUGUCUCUCUAACAAAAAGAUGACAGCUCAAAUUUUUCAGCAUGUUCUAAGAUAAGGUCUAAAAUGGAAAACAAUUCUUAGUUAACAGUUUAAUGCUAUUAAUAUAAAAACAGGAACUAUAUGUGCAAACAUUAUGGGUUCACCUGUACAAAUCUGCUUUUCUGUAGUGCUGCCAAACUUUAGCUUUGUUUGUACAAAAUAAAAAUACUUAAUACUUUUUUAACAAUACUUAGAAAAGAGUAAACUUAAAACUAUAAAAAGA